GCUUACCCCAGGAUUAUUACUUCAGUUUCACACAAAAUUCUUCAAAAACCAACUGAAUAAUUAAAAAAAAACGAGUACAAUAUUAAUUGCAGAAGAAGAAAAAUACUACCAUCCAUACAUGAAGAAUAGUGUUUAAUAAUAAAUAUUUUUAAUAAGCCUAUAUGAAUACAUUGUGAGUGGUUCAGUGGAUUGAAAAAUUGGAAAGGCUAGAAUUGUUUAACUGAUAAAAAUCUCUCGUGGUGACUGUGAGCAUUAACAGCUAAGAAGCGCGAGUGUAUCCAAGUGAAUAAAUUCUGCUAAAUUUUUUUUUAAUUUCUUUUAACGUACAACUUUUAAUUAUUUACUGCAGCGAAGAAAUAGUCAAUCGAGUAGAAAUCCAAGAUGACUUGUGGUGUUUCCUGCGUUGAUCGAGCACUUAAUCGAUCGUUUUUUAAAUUGGGUUAUUUUAUUGGUCGCCAUCCAGGUUAUUUUCUAAUUGUGCCAGUUCUUUUGGCUUUACUCUGCAUGACAGGGUAUCAACAAAUUAGGUAUGAAAUUGAUCCAGAAUAUCUAUUCUCACCGAUUCGUGGUGAAGGAAAAUCUGAGAGGGCAAUCGUGGAGCAGUACUUCAAAGUCAACUACACCCAUCGCUUCAAUGUGGGACGUAUUACUCGACCAGGGCGGUUCGGACGCGUGAUCGUGACGUCCAAAGAUGGAGACCAGAAUAUGCUGAGGGCGGAAAUUUUUCAGGAGCUCAGGCUCCUGGAUGACAUCAUCCAGAAUGCCACGGUGCACUUUGAUGGGGAAACCUUCACGUAUCGCGAUGCAUGUGCACGUUGGCAGAAUGAAUGCUUCACGAAUGACAUCCUCAACUUGGAUCACAUAAUGAAUGAAAUUGAAACUGGGGAAUUAAAUUUAACCUUCCCGGUGAUGUUCAAUCCAGUCACGUGGGAUGCUCAUGCAUUUCCUGUUUUCUUCGGUGGUACAAAACUCUCUGCAGAGAACACCAUUAUCAGCGUUCCGUCGAUACAACUCGUCUAUUUUGUCACAGCAGACACCAAAAAACAAGAUAUUAGAGGGGCGGCUUGGGAAGAAGCAUUUUUGGAUGCUGUGGGAAUAGCGGAAGAUACUGGUCUUUUUAAGCACAUAUCAGUGGCUCGAUUUGCAUCACGGACACUUGAUCAUGAACUGGAGAAAAAUACACGAACUGUUGUGCCCUACUUCAGUUCCACCUUCGUUCUAAUGGCCAUUUUCAGUGUGUUAACGUGCAUGAUGGGCGAUAGUGUGAGAUCUAAGCCCUGGCUGGGAUUGAUGGGAAACAUUUCAGCUGUGAUGGCGACGAUGGCAGCCUUUGGCUUAGCUAUGUACCUCGGAAUUGAGUUCAUUGGAAUCAAUUUAGCGGCACCAUUCUUAAUGAUUGGCAUUGGAAUUGACGACACCUUUGUCAUGCUGGCGGCCUGGCGUCGAACAUCAGUGAAGGCUUCUGUACCUGAGAGGAUGGGUCACAUGCUGUCCGAGGCUGCCGUAUCUAUCACCAUCACCUCCUUCACGGACAUGAUCUCAUUCUGGAUCGGUAUAAUCUCACCCUUUCCUUCCGUCAGGAUCUUCUGCACAUAUAGUGGAUUUGCCGUUUGCUUCACAUACCUCUGGCAUGUCACCUUCUUUGCCGGAUGUAUGGCCGUGUCUGGCUACAGGGAGCAUCGCAAUCUCCAUGCAAUCUUCGGUUUCAAAGUCUCUCCUGUCUCUGUGGCAAUUAAAGAGAAACGAUCAUGGUUCUACAGGACAUUCAUUACGGGAGGAAUCAAUCGAGAGGAUCCGGACAAUCCAGUAGACAAUCGAGAACAUAUGCUAAUGGCAUUCUUCAAGACACGCGUGGCAUCUUUACUAAACAAGGGUUGGAUGAAAGCCCUAGUGAUCCUUGUCUUUGGAGGAUACCUCCUUGGUGCAUGCUUUGGACUAACGAAUAUUAAGGAAGGCCUGGAGAGAAGAAAACUCUCAAAGGCAGAUUCCUAUUCAGUGGAAUUCUUCGAUCGUGAAGAUGACUACUACAGAGAGUUCCCCUACCGGAUUCAAGUGAUCAUUGCAGGGGAUAUGAACUAUUCCGACCCAGUAGUGCAAAAUCAAAUUGAAACACUAACACAGCGCCUGGAGAAUACAUCGUACGUUACAACAUCUCUCUACACCGAAUCAUGGAUUCGAUCUUUCCUGUCGUACAUUGAGAGGAAUGGGGACUACCUCAAUGUUACAAUAGACACCGAACAGUCCUUUAUUGAUAACCUGAAGGAAUUGUGGCUUUUCCCAGGAAAUCCUUUCUCAUUGGAUGUAAAAUUCAACGAAGAUGGUACAAAAAUUCUCGCAUCGCGCUUUCUUAUUCAAGCCGUCAAUAUCAGUGGUACCAAUCAUGAAAAGGUCAUGGUGAAGGACCUCCGAGCCAUAUGCAAAGACUCUGGACUCAAUGCAACAGUUUUCCAUCCCUAUUUUGUCUUCUUUGACCAGUUCGAACUAGUGCGUCCAACAUCAAUUCAAAGUAUGGUGAUCGGUGCCAUGAUCAUGAUGCUCAUCAGUUUUAUCUUCAUCCCCAAUAUUUUGUGCUCCCUCUGGGUGGCCUUUAGCAUUGUAUCCAUUGAACUUGGUGUGGCUGGAUACAUGUCCCUGUGGGAUGUCAAUCUCGAUAGCAUUUCAAUGAUAAAUCUCAUUAUGUGCAUCGGAUUCUCUGUAGACUUUACUGCUCACAUCUGCUACACCUACAUGUCGUCCAAAGCAAAGAAUCCGGAUGAUCGUGUCCGGGAAGCUCUCUACUCACUCGGAUUGCCCAUUGUUCAGGGUUCUUUUAGUACAAUUCUCGGUGUUGUGGCACUCCUGCUCGCCGACAGCUAUAUCUUCCUCGUCUUCUUCAAGAUGGUGUUUCUGGUGAUAUUUUUCGGUGCCAUGCAUGGACUAUUCCUCCUUCCAGUGCUACUGUCACUCUUCGGACCCGGAUCAUGUGGAGGAUCUAAGUCAACGGAGAAGGAAAUGAAAUUAUCGGCAGUGGAAAAAUCUUAUCCUCAUCCUUACUGCAUACCGCAUCCUCAACUCGCCUUGACGGGACCUUUUGGAAGCAAAAACUUCUUAGGGGCUCCUUACAAGGCCUACGGGGAUGACAAAGACCUCGGGAUCGGAACAUCGGGUGAGGACUCUAGCGAAAGCAGCAGUAGUAAAUCCCAACGUCGUCAAGCCAUUGAGGAUGAGAACACAAGGAGACGGUAUGAGGAGGGAUGGCGAAGAUCAUGGCACAAUGUAGCCGCCAAUGGAAGUACACCAAGUCAAUUCCAACCACCCAUCCUCGAUCUCUAUGGUCACGAAUCUGAACGAUUGUGGACAACGGGGAGACGCUACUAUGACGACACCUAUCUCACACAGAGACGAAAUGAUUCGACGUACAGACGCAACUCUGACGAGAAGACAACCCAGUAUAGGACAAAAUAUGGAGAACAUGACGAUCUUCGGUAUUUCUAUGAACCAGACCCUCAGAGACGUCGCUACUCAGACGAAACUAAGAGGAGAGUGAGUGACGACAGGCGUCCAAGGAGAUAUUCACCACCAGAAGGCAUAUAUAGGCAAAAUCCCAACAGAUCUAAUUCUCAGCACAACCUGUACUAUCCUCGACAGCCACAGAGGAGCAAUUCUCAGCACAGUUUACGCCACAUGGGGGACAUGAGGUUUCCCUGACCGUGAUCAUUGACUAUCUUGGCUGAUCCUCAUGCCGUUCGAGGACACCAAAAUCACCUCAUGAGCUCAAGAAUGUCCCUCCAGUCCUAACCAAUCUCUCUGUAAUAUCCCCAUCUUACUAUACGACGUCCUCUAUUUCUUACGGCCCAAAUAAACUCAAGGUGAUCCUUGAGAAUACUUAGUCUGUAAAAUUUGGCUGUAAAUCCCAAAUUAUCAUACAUUGAUGGUUUGUGGCCUAGACAACCUUACGACUUAAGCCGAGAGACGACUUAAUGUAAUUAUUAUUAUUAAUCGUGUCGGGAUGUAUUUCUUUUACAAUGUAAUCAUGUUGCAUAGUCGUACAUCCCGUGUUGGAGGAAUGUGCUAAGUCCACUGUACAGGGUGCGUAUUUUAAAUUGAGACUUAUUCAUUCCAAUUAUUCAUUUUCAACCGCUUAUCCCUAUUGGGGUCGCGGGCCCAUGACAUCCAAAUUAUCAGCCCACGCUUGUCGAUCCUCCGCCACUUCAGGAAGAUGUUCGGGUUCGAUUCCAAGGCGUUCCAAGGCAAGAUUCUGAAUUUGAUUCAGCCAUCUUUUCCUAGAUCUGCCACGAGGUCGACACCUUCUCACAAUGGCUUGCAUAGCUUUUCUGGGGAAUCUUUUUCUAUCCAUGCGCUGAACAUGUCCAUACCUUCGAAGUUGUGAUCUUUCGACCCGAAGAAGCAGCUCCUCGACUCUUAGUUCCUCAUGAACGGCCACAUUCCUCACUCGAUCUCGACGAGUGAUUCCCUUAACCGCCCGAAGGUACCUCAUCUCGGCAGCUUGCACUCGCGAUCUUACCCUUUCGGUCAUUACCCAAAUCUGACGACCAUAGCUGA